AUGACAGCGAAAACCGUCAAUAUCAUUACUGUUUUGACAAAAGGCGCAUGAAUAAAAGGUUGUUUUUUUUUUUAAACUGCCUUUCGCCGAUGUAUUUUCUUUUACCUAUUGAUUAUUAAGUGUGUUUUUAAUCUGUCUAACAGAAAAAUGAUGCAAAUAUCCAACCCACGAAUCUGUAUAAUUGGCGCUGGCCUUGCUGGGCUCACAUCAGCCAAGAGCCUCCAAGGUGAAGGCCUAAAUUUCACAAUUUUAGAAGCUACCGAAUAUUUUGGCGGUACUUGGAGAUACGAACCACGUGUCGGAAACUAUGAUAACGGAUUGCCAAUAUUUUCAAGCAUGUAUAAGCAUUUAAGAACAAAUUUACCAAAACCAACAAUGGAAUUAAAAGGAUUUCCGAUUCCUGAAGACAUGCCAUCGUAUCCAACAUGGGAGAUGUACUAUGAGUACUUGAAAAAUUACGUGAAGCACUUUGAUUUGGAAAGGUACAUCAAGUACCAACACCAUGUCAUUGGAAUAUCGCGUGCUGGAAAUGCAUGGAAAGUCAAACAUAAAUACCUCCCAAGUGGCGAGGUGUAUGUGGAUGAGUUCGAUUACGUCAUCAUAGGAACCGGCCAUUUCAGUGUACCAAAACGACCAAAUAUUAAAGGAGAAGAGCUUUUCAAAGGUACAAUAAUUCACAGUCAUAACUACAGAGAACCGGAGCCUUAUAGAGGACGAAAUGUGAUGAUUGUGGGCGCUGGACCUUCUGGAGUUGAUAUCACAUUAGACGUUGCUACUGUUGCUAAAACUGUAUACCACAGCCAUCAUUCUAAGAUCAAUUUUUCAAAAACUAAGUUCCCGAAGAAUUACAUUGUGAAACCAGACAUCAAAGAGUUUAAUGAAACGGGUGCUUCAUUUGUUAACGGGACGUACGAGAAUGUCGAUGACGUCAUAUAUUGUACAGGGUAUCUUUUUAACUAUUCAUUUUGUGACAAUAGCACGGGUUUGACGUUGCGUCCAAAAACUGUAACGCCUUUGCAUAAGUUUAUAGUGAAUAUAAAUCAACCAACAAUGCUAUUCGUGGGGUUAAUUGAGAAGGCCUGUCUCGUAACUGCACUCGACGCUCAGUCACGGUAUGUAGCCGCUUUAAUAAAAGGAAAAUUUGCCUUACCAUCUAGAGAUGAGAUGAUGAAGGAAUGGCAAAUGGCAGUAGAUAAAUGUGUGGAAAAAGGUCGAUCUUUGGAUAAUUUGCACUUUUUAGCAGAGAGCGAGGAUGAAUAUUACGAGGAGCUAACAAAAGAAUCUGGAAUUGAGAGAGUGCCGCCUGUUUUGUCAAAAAUACGCAGUGCAGACAUGUUAUCGAAAGAAAACCUUUACACUUACAGAAACUAUUCUUAUAAAGUCAUAGAUAAUAAUACAUUUGAAAGAACACUGGAAGUUGAUACAGAUUCUAACAAUAUUGAACAGACAAUGUAAAAUAUUUUAUUUUUCUUUAAUUUAAAUGUCAUGUAUCAACAAUGUAAAUAAAAGUUGCUUGUACACAUAUCUACAAUAUAUCUUCUAACGCGAUGAACGGUUUCGGCUUACUUACAUUUAAAACUUGUUAUAUUAGACGGAAUAAAAAAGGGGAAGGCUGAUCAGUGACCACCAUUCCAGCUUUCAUGAUAACUUACUCGCUUUAUAUGCCUACUCAGCCCUAUAAAGCGAGUAAUAUAUAUAAACUAGCUAAUUUUAAUGCGACAUGCAUGCACUGCAAGAGGAGGUAUUCAGAAAUUAAAAAUGCCGGAGUAUUACAAAAAGUUUAAUACUUUAUAUAAAUGGUAACACAAUAUUUACAUUAGCUAUGUAUCUAUGGAUAUGUUUCGCAACAUUUAUCAGUAAAUAAUUCUAUAUUGUAUAAAAUUUUAAAUAUCGAAUACUUACAAUAGAAGAGUAAUUUUCACUGGUGGUUGUGCAAACCAACGAAUACAUUACUAAUUUUUAUAAAAAUGUUUCUAAAUUUAUAACUGAUACUGGAUUUCAUGUGGGAUGUUCUUAUAGGUAAUUAACAUAACAUGAGAACUAAUGUUUGUUGUUAUUAGGUCAAUAACAUUAAAUCUAGAGUCGAUUAUAUUAAAUUAAUAUUAUAGCGUGUUACGUCUGCAUUUCUUAAUCAUUCCAUGUCUAUUUCGAAGUAUGCAUUGAUCAAAAUUUCAAUUUCUUUUUUUAAAUUAUCGUUGUUUCUUUUUAUGUAUAUUCUCCACCUUCAUGGUUCCUCCGUUCGAUAUUUAAAUUUGGCAAAUUCUUACAUACCUAUUAUAAUAAAAUAUAUUGCUCUUAAAUACAACACAACCUAUCCCCUAAGCAUCACAGUGAUUAAGUAUUAACUUUAUUCACACAAAAGAGAACAAUG